AGGGUAACACAUUUUCUGUAAAAAACAGUUUCUGUUUAUUUGGUCAUUUGAAAUUAGUUUGGAUAAGCUGCUUCAAAUAAAUCCAUAUAAUACAAUUUGUAAGAAAAUACAUUGUGGUAAUAAAACUUCUUUCGUUUGCAACAGCCUGCACUGGGCACUAAAACUAAUCCGAACUUGUGUUGACUUUUGUUUGGGUAUACACAUUUUCUUCACUCAAAUGUUGGUAUUUACCACUGUAUGCCGGUUCCAAUAUUAGCACUGACUAUUCUGCUACUCCUCUGUUACUAAGAUCUGUGUCUUUUGUUGGUUGAACAAGUGGGUGAUGUUAGGUAUUGCACCAGUCGUCUCUUGAGGUUUCGGCUUGCCACAACGGAUCUGUGGCUAGCUUUCGGUUUAAACCGCAAUCAUUUCGGACUUAAGUGGAGAACUGUUUUUCUGGUUUUUUGUACGAAAUAUAGAGAUUAAACUUUCGCAACUUCAGAGUUUUUAUUCAACAAAUGCAAAAUGUUCGUGGAUAUAUAUAUUUUUUUCUUAUCGCUCUUAUUGGCUUCCAUAAUUUCGGGAACAAUAUCCCAAUGCCCCUGGCAAAGAGAUAUAUUGGAACUACAAACAUCUUGCAUAUGUGCAUAUAAUUUGGGACGGGAGCUUUCUGUUCAAUGUGAUCAGGUGAACUUUAUUUUACUUAUGGACACUUUAAGUACAUAUGCCAAACAAAAACCGAUAGAUCUACUUUAUAUAAACAAUUCAACAAUCAAUGAAUUGCCAAACAACAUCUUCGUAAAUCUUAGUGUGCAUAAUGUACAAUUGUCCAGUUGCCAAAUAAGAAAAAUUCAAAACGGUGCUUUUAAUGGUCAAGAAACAAUGUUGAAAAAUCUCAAUCUACAGGACAAUUGGCUGACAGAAGUACCAAUUAAAGCCAUAAAUUCUUUAAACAAACUAAACUUGCUGGAUUUGUCAAAAAAUCGCAUUACAUUUGUAUCCAAUGGUUCUUUCUCAAGUCUAAAAAAAUUAUCGACUCUGAAGUUAAAUGAUAAUAACGUUACAUUAGACAUUGCAGCCUUCACUGGGCUGGACAAAUGUCUUAAAAAUCUUAAUCUCAAAGGCACAAAACAACGUCAUAUCCCCGAAAGUAUACGGGGGCUUAAAAGUCUAGCAUUCCUUGAUUUAUCAUUGAAUGGUAUUAAGGAAUUACCUGGUGCUGGAGGUAUACGUACGUUCGAUGGACUCGAAUCUUUAACUGCAUUGAAUUUAGAACGUAAUUUUAUACAAAGUUUGGGGGAGACAUCAUUUGCUGGUAUUCGCAAAACACUGAGCUCACUCAGCUUAUUAAAUAAUUUACUAUCUGAAUUCCCCAUUGGAGCUAUACAUGCACUAAAGGAGUUGCGUGUUUUAGAUAUAGGCUUCAAUUUGCUAACUUCAUUGCCUGAAGGGGCUUUCCGCGGCAACCCCGGUAUUACAUUACUGGCCUUGGAUGGAAAUCCAUUAACCACAGUACCUCAAACAGCUUUCGCACAUUUAAAUUCAACACUUCGUGGCCUAUCACUGGGUGGCCGAUUUCUACACUGCGAUUGUAAAUUACGUUGGGUUGCUGAAUGGAUCCGCAAUGGCGACUUGCAAGUAACAUCACGUGAACGUAACCCUCAAUUUUGUGGAUAUCCAACUCAUUUUCAAGAUAGAGGAUUUUACUCCAUACAACCUGAAGAAUUAAUCUGCUCUGACAUGCAGAAUAUAUCAAGUAACCUUAAAAAUAUAGAAACAGAUUCAUCAUUAAUACCGCGAACCAAACCAAUUGCGCAAACAUCUACCACUACACCUAAAAUGGAAAUUCACCGUCCAGAUUUAUUUGCAAUAAAUACCUCUACUACUGCGAGUAGUUUACAAGCUUCUACAAAUAGAACUUUUAUGACAUCUACAGCACGGCCCACAAUAGAUCCACUAACCAAAACAAGUUCAACUAUGCAGCCGAUGGUAGCACCCUCUACAUUAUCAACUAAUCCGACAAUCUCUAAUGGCGGAAACAAUACUUUGACAAUGAAGCCUUCUUUAACCAACAUAGGUAUCAAAGCAGUAGUAACUAAUGCGAUAAAUAACAGUGCCAGUAAUUCGCUCAAUAACAACAAGCAAUCGGUCACAUGGCGACUGAAUAGCUCCACAACAUCGACAGUAAUAGCACAUAGCAAAACGCAAAAGCAGCAGCGUCCACCACUUGUACUAAGUUUUCCUCCACAAAGCGACACACGGUUCGACGACACUAAUGAAGUACAAGUAAAGAACGCCUUUCGUCAAGACAACUCUGUCAUCAUUCAAUGGGAUUCAGAUACAGCUAAUAUACUUGGCUUCCGGGUGGUAUACCGCCUAUUCGGCGAAAAGACAUUCAAGCAAGGACCACCGCUAGAAGCAAGUGAGCGCGAGUUUAAAAUAAAGAAUGUACCAGCACAGGAAUGCAUUAUUGUUUGUGUAAUUUCAUUGGAGGAAUUACAUGUGACUCCCGAAACGGUGCCUUAUCAUCAAUGCCGUGAAGUACGCACAGUUGCUUCACAGACUUCUAACAUGGACAAGAUAACAAUUGCAGCAAGUGCGGCAAUAUGUGGUACAAUUAUUGUAGCAGUAAUUGUAUUUAUAGCCGCAAGUAGACGCUCGCGUAAACUCCAGAAUACGCAAAAGAAGAGCCCUUUACCUAUUGGGGGAUUACCAGUAAGCUGUUGCGGACCAGCAGUAUCCCCAGGACCUCUGGGCUCCAUCGCCACUUUAUCCGCAUUUAAUAAUCAUAAGGAAUGGGAUCAAGUUUCUGCAUAUAGCGGUCGAUCGAUUCCACGACCACGAAUUUAUCCCGUAGAUAAUCAAGACGAUAUGCGAAGUAAUUUUUCUGGUAUGCCUGGGAAGGUGGGUAAAGCGAGAUCAAUAGCUGAUGGUCAAUCCCACCACAGUUUUUCAAAUAAUUCACAUCGCGGCUACUUAGGCGCUGCGUUUCCGACUAAUUUGAUUAACUCUCGACCAGAACUUCGACAAUCCAGACAGUCUUUAGCAGCCGCAUCGGAACGUUUGUCGCGCGCUUCACAUGCUGGUUCCACGCAUGGUCCAACCAGCAUAACUUCAAGUACGAGGCGCUCACGUCCACGGUCGAGAUCACGCGAACAACUUAAUUCAACACAUAUACAUAAUCAUAGACCUGGCAGCCGAUAUUCUCAAGCUGGUUCAACGCAUACGAUAAACAACUACUGUGACACAUCUGACAACUGGACUGACCACGAUAUGGACAUUUACAUGGCAAGGAACCCAACAACGCGCAAUGGUCUGGUGCCAUUAUGAGGGCAGGUUUUAUUAUCCUGAUAUUUCUAUGAUGUAUUAACUUCAAACGAGAUUUUCUGGUAAAACGUUACGAAUUUACCUAAUGUUGGAAUGGAGUGGCGUCAUUAUUACAGCCAUUAAUCGAAAUGACAUUGUAUUGCUCAUGAUUACGAACAUUACACACGGCCAUAUCGAAACGAUAUCUGAAAUAACUAUAAUAAGAACACAUAUAAUUCUCAAAAUAUGGCUUAAAUUUAUAUAUGUAUUGUUCACAUUUCAAAGCACCCUUAUAAACAAAUAGUCAACGAAACUAGAACAUACAUGUCAUUUGGGUCACGCCGAGUUUUCGAAAUUAUACAAGUACACAUACUGAUCGCAAUGAAAUGUAACCUCGUAUAUGGGUAUUCGUAAUAGAGCAUAAUUACACUUCUACGGAGAGCGACAAAAUUUUUUUUCGAAAUGAUAGUAAUUUUUAUAAAAGAAAAGGUAUUCCUAAUAUACCAAUACAGGGCGAUAAUAGAUUUAAUUUUCCACGUUUAUUUUAUUAGUAUAAACAUUUUAAUACUAAUAGUUUAGUAAAUGCGGAGCAAUGGCAAUAACAACCCAUGAUAAUUUAUUUUUACAUUAAAAUUUAAAUAUUUUUAAGUUAUUUACCGCUUGUAUAUUUUGUAUAUGGAUAUGUACGCAUGUAUAAUAUUGUAUAAUAUUAAAAAACUUGCAAACGCUUAAAUAUAUAUUUUUCGACAACUUUAAUUAUAUAUUAAAUGAAAUAUACAUUAGUAAUUUAUUACAUAAACUUCUUUUGACAUUACCAUUCAGAAGUAAAGCAAACUUGAAAAAAGUAAAGUACUUUCUUUGCAAUUUUAAUCUGGUUAAUUUUUUUUUGCAAACUAAGUUUAAAUUUGAGGCCAAGCAACAUUUUUGUCAAUGUGAAAGUGAUAUGAGUUGAUUUUGCCAAUAUUGUAGGCUUCGCAACUGGAAGAUCUGUGUAAAUGCUCCAAAAUCAGUAGUCUAGCUGUGCUUGUGCAGUUUCAGCAGCUUCGCUAGCCGAGUAAGCUGAUGAGAGUAUAGCAAAGCCGUCUGCAUAGGUGACAACCGGUAAAUUAUGGUUUUCCAGUAUUGGCAUAUUUGUGGUGCAUAGUGUUGGUCCCAGAACACUACCUUGUGGGACUCCUGCCUUCAUCUCGUGUUUGUCUGAGAUUUCAUCUUGAAGUUUAACGUAGAAAUACCUGUGACUCAGAUAAGACCUGACGAAAAGAUAAAGUAGAGUAGGUAGUAUCUUUUUGGUUUUAUAUAGUUAACCAUAGUGCCAGACUCUGUCAAAUGCUUGCCGAACGUCUGAAAAAUUACACUACAAUAUUUGUCUCCUCCAAGCUACUAAGUAUGUGACAGAAUAUUGUCAGCAGGCUUGUUAGUCUAUGUGAAAAUAAUUAAUUUUGUGGCUUGUUUGGCUUUGGUAUCAUUAUAAUUGCAGCACAUUUAGACUGCGUGGGGAAAUGGCUCAGUUUGAAGCUACUAUUUAAAAUCAAGAAAAUAAUAUACAUUUCUUAAAAAGGUUUUUGAGUGUCCAAGCGCCGAUAUAUCAUGACCUGGAGACUUUAAUUUAUUUAAUCGCGGAAUUUCAGACGGUACCUCUGAAAGCCUUACGUGCGUAAGAGGUUUAGGUAUUUCGACUUAAUGACGUUGGCUGGUAUUACUGCAGUUUAAUCACUCAAAUAUAGCUUUAAGAUGGUUGGUUAACGCGUGUGGUUUGCUUAUGUUUAAUCUGCACCAUAUAUUUUUAGUAUCUUUAACCGGAUCCUGUCUUAUGGUACACCGUUUUAAGUUCUUAUGACUUUCCAGAUGUUAUACUCAUCGUCGUUGUUUGAAUACAUUUUUUUUUAGAUGUUCUCCAAUAAAUUAUUCUUUAAGUUCCGCUAAUUCUAAAGGCUAUUAAUGGAUUCCUGCUGUUGUGCCAAAUCCUUGGAAGUAGCCUCUUGCUCUUAACUAAUUCAGAGAUUUCAUCAAAAUAUGGUUAUGUGUUUCUACGUGUUCGAGAAAUUUUAAUGCCACAGUUGGUUUAGGCUAAGAAGGCGGUUUUGUGUAUUUUGUUAGUAAAUGUCUCUACUGCAUCAUCUAAAUCUCUAGUUAAGUUUAUAUCCAUGUUAAAGUCUAUAUUAAACAAGUUUUAUGUCGGAUCUCUUAUUUAUGAUACGCUGCUUCUGAGCAGUCAGUAGAGCAGACAAAUUAAAAUGAAUAAUUAGAAAGGAAUGGUCUAAGCUAAGAUAGUAAUUAUUUAUUAUUUCAAGCAGAUUUGUGUGAUGAAAUGAACAGCAAAUUCGAUCAAAUCAGAGGCCAUGCAGGGAUAUGUGGGCCAGUAAGUGGAACAGCCAGUAGAUAGCACGUUUAAAUUUGUUUCCAUAAUGCAUGCAUAUAGUUCGCGAUCUUUGGGAUUAGUAAGACGAAACCCCCACCAUGGAUGUUUGGAAUUGAAACUACUGAAAUUGAAACGCGGGGUAGAUACAGUGCGGUUAUGACAAUCCCUCCAUUAAUGCUAGUGAUUUCAACGGACGCGGCUUGAACUAAAGGCAACGAUAUAGGUUCCAAUCUCUUAUAUUUUGAAGUUGACUUUACUAUAAUUGCAGAUCCGCCAUGUGCUUUACCAUCAGGAUGCAAGUAAUAAGAUCAUAACCAUUAACUAAAAAAAAAGACGAAAUCACGAAUGUAUCUGCUUUGUUAGUUACAAUAAAAUGUGAUAUCUAUGCUUGCUAAGUCCAUGUGCGUUUUAAAUUGCCAUCUUAAGACUUAAUUGAAUAAUUUUAAAACAAGAGAAGACAUGAGGUCAAUUUAGUUAAAAAUCAGCGCUUCUAACUUUUCUAAAGUUCUGUGGCUAUCUGCAGCAGUGCUUUGUUGUCCUUUUGUAAUUUCUACGUAGCUGAAUUUGUUGUUGUAAACGGGUUGCUCAGGAUUUGAGCGAAUGUCGACUUUAGGUCUAAGAUUAUUAUUAGUCGACUUGUUUGGAUCUGGUUAGUCCUUGGAGUUGGCAGAGAGCCUUUUUCGCAAAGAGCGGUCUGGUGGUCCUCUUUUGUUGUUUGCUUAUGGUUCUACUUGUAGGUCAGCAAAAAAUAGUGACAAUGUUUCUUACAGUGCGACCUUUUUGAGAUAAGUCAAGUUUAAUGUCGUCUAUGGGUGUGGAAUAGUGAAUAUUUUUUAUUACAAUUUUAUAGGGAUUAUCCUUUUUUAACUAAUAAGUGUGAAAAAUUGUCUUAUUAGAGUCUAAAGAGUCAUUGUUUGCAGGCAUAACUCUGGCUUGCACGUCUCUGCCUGACUUGUUUGAAAAGUUUUCUCUACCAAUUAGAGUUGAGAAACUGAUUGUCAUUUUAUUUAUUGUAUAUUGUUAACUUGUGGUAUGAAAAUAGGUGGUGGUUUGAAAACACUUGCAGUUGUCUCUGCGUAUUGCUUAUUAUUCUUAUCAAUAAUACACAUCACAUUCGACAGUUUUUUAAAAUUUUAAUGCUCUGGAUUAAAAUCAACCAUCGAAAUAAUUGCGAAGCACUACUCUUUCCACUGUUGUAUAGACUUACUGGCGGCCACCAUCAACUCUUUACACGGGCUUACAUCAACAAUUGCUUCAACCUUUCGUACUUGAAGAUCCGUCUUUCAGUAUUCAAAUGACAUAUUUAUUAUUGGGUCAGGCAGUAGAAAAUUUCCGUCCAACCACUCUUUGUUUCGCUCUUCAAUUACUGCUAUUAUUCCGUGGCUAGGUCUCCACUUUUCUAUAAGUAUACUCACAAAAUUUCGCACUUCUUUAUUUUGUUGAUUUUAUCGCUUUGAUAUUUACCUUCACCAAUAAAUUCAUUUAAAACAUAGCUUUCAACUGCAGAAAACUUCUUUGUUGGCACUUCUUCAUGGCGCCAAAUUUAAAAGAGGGUGCUUUUUGAGUAUGACAAUUUAGCUAAAAGGAUCGAAAUCUUUAAAUCUUGGAAAACUAGAAGGUAAUUUUUCACAUUUUACAUUCAUAAUAUGACCCUUGGAUAUUAUUAACAAAAUAUAUAAUUACUAGCCCGAAUUAAUAUAACAUUUAAGUUGUGGAAGAUCGGCGAACACAAAAAAUUGCACAUUAUGUGGAAGAUUAACUUCAAGGACGAAGCAACACGAACUCAAAUACGCAAAAUACACAGAAAUUAUUUAUUAAGCAAAUACAUGUGAGAUUAGCGUAUCAUCGUAUGCAACCCAGACCUGAAAUGACAUACGCUUGUAUGCAAACCUUCACACCGUAUCGACUUAUCGAAAGGUACGAGGACAGUGACGACGAAGAGACACUUUCUCACGCGCACUUGACUGAUACAGUUGAACCUUUACUUAUAAACUUGUAAAAUUUAAUUAACUUAAAUAAUGAAUAAAAGAUUUGUGUUUCCUAAAAAUAAAUCAAAAAAGUGUUAUCAUUAUAAUUCCAACAAGUGGUGCCAUAAAUUCGACUGACUGGAUGCGCGUCGAAAUAGAGUGUUAAAAAGGUGCGUGAAAAAAACCUUAAAAACGGUUUCGUGAGUGGAUGCUGAUACGUGUCCAAGGUAUGUGAAAGUAAAAGUGCUAGAAAAUUGCAAGUGCGUAGACGUUAGAAUGUUGUAAAGUUUUACAGUGGUUUUUUGUGUGACGCAAUUAAGUACUGUGCCGGUGAAAUAAAUUGGAAAUUGGCAAUUUUAGAACGGCAAAUUCAGAUUUCAGUAACACAGUGUGAAAAACGGUUCACGUAAAGCAAAUUUUUGUGAAAUUGACUGUUUCGUGUGGUACAUAACUUUUUGUAAGAAAAGAAACUGUACGUGAGGAGCGCCAGCAAGCAAAAAUCAACGGUAAAUUUAAGAAUAGACGCUGUCGUCAAAUGGUAUCAUACUGUAGCUAAAGAGAGCAGCGAGUGAGAGCACAAGCAUGUAGAAUGCAACAUAGUGUUGGGUUGUCUUCGUAAAGCGUAAGCAACAAAGAGUAUAGUUGGCAACUAUUGACAAAUUUUGUGGACUAGCGCAGUGUCGAUGCGCUGGUAACUUUUGACAAGUGCGCUAGUGGUCAAACUAAGGUUCCGAGAACAGUGCAGAGGAAAUCGUAAGCAGUUGAAGCGGUCAGCAAUCAGUUAAAGGAGCAGAAAAAGAAUAAGUAUAAUAUAUAAACAUAAGCAAAAGACAGAUAUGAGUUAAGUAAUUAAAGGAGAGUAAUUGUAAUAGCAAAUUGUCAAAAGAAAA